UUAAAACCCUAGCAGUCCGAUUCUGGCAGGAAGACACGAUAUCUAAAGCCCUAGCUUCGCCUUCCGCUUCCACCCUCUUCUUAGCAGUGGUUUCCCGACAAUGGGUUCGAAGAACAAGAAGCAGCGCAAGCCAGACGGUGGCAGCGGCCCGCCGGAUAAACAGAUCAUCACGGACCCACGGUUCGCGUCGGCGCACACCGACCCGAGGUUUCGUAGGGUUCCGAAGCGCGAGACGAAGGUGGCGAUCGACGAUCGAUUCAAGCGCGUCUUCACCGACAAGCGGGUCAGCUCGGCCUCGGCUCCAGAAGGGAGGAGUGGCAAGGAUUCACUGCGGGAGUAUUAUCGUAUAGAAGAAGAGAAGCAAAAACACACGAAGGAAGAAGAAGAUGAUAUUGACGGAGAGAGCGAGGAUGAGUCCGAGGAAGAUAGCGAGGGAGGGAUGAAUGCGAAAUCGGAUUCGUCGGAUGAAGGAUCCGGACAGGAGGAAUCGGAAGAUGAAGAUGGCGAGGAGGCAGAAACGGGGGAUGAAGAUGGCGAGGAGGGCGAAGAAGAAGAGGUAUCCACAAGUGAAGAUGAUGAUGAUGACGAUGAGCUUAUUUAUGAAGGUGGAAGACCUGAAUUGGUGGAAGAAAAUAUACCAGAGAUUGACAAAGAAACCCGCAGAGUGGCAAUCGUGAACAUGGACUGGACACAUGUCUCGGCAUCGGACUUGUUUGUAGUUUUGAGUUCGUUUCUGCCAAAAGGUGGGCAAAUUUUGUCGGUAGCUGUCUAUCCAUCUGAGUUUGGACUUCAGCGCAUGAAAGAGGAGGAAAUCCAUGGGCCUGCUGGUUUAUUUGAUGGUGAUAAAAAGAGUGAAGAUGAUGACAAUGAAGAAGAUGAAGAAGAAGAGGACGAGGACAUCAUCAACCAGAAAUUACGUGCUUACGAAAUUAGUAGAUUAAAAUAUUAUUAUGCAGUUGUAGAAUGUGAUUCCAGUGCCACUGCAGAUUACCUAUAUAAGACAUGUGACGGAGUUGAGUUUGAGAGGUCAUCAAACAAGCUCGACUUAAGAUUUAUUCCGGAUUCCAUGGAAUUCAAACAUCCACCUCGUGAUGUUGCAACCGAGGCACCUGCAAGCUAUGUCGGUUUGGAUUUUCAUAGUCGAGCUCUGCAGUUGAGCAAAGUCAAUCUUUCUUGGGAUGAAGAUGAGCCUCACCGUGUCAAGACCUUGAAGCGAAAGUUCAAACCCGAUCAGAUGGCUGAACUUGAAAUGAAGGAGUUUUUGGCUUCUGAUGAAAGUGAAUCUAAUGAUGAUGAAGAUAAGCCGGAUAAAAAGGAGAAGAUGAAAGACAAAUACCGUGCUCUGGUUCAGUCUGGAGAUAAUGGUUCUGAUGAAGAGGAGGAUAAGGAUCAGGAUAUGGAGGUGACAUUCAAUACCGGGUUAGAAGAUUUGAGUAAACGCAUUAUUGAAAAGAAGGAAAAAAAGUCAGAAACAGUUUGGGAGGCCUAUCUAAGGAAGAGACGGGAGAGAAAGAAGGCUAGGAAGAAUAAAGACAACAAAGAUGAUUCUUCAUCUUCUGAUGAUGAUGAUGAUGAUGAUGGUUAUGGUAAUGAUACUGAUAGAGAGGCUGUGACAGAAGAUGCUGAUGACUUCUUUGUGGAAGAGCCUCCUAUUAAAAAGAAGAAGCAUUCUGAGAAGGAAGAAGCAGAAGAAGCAAGCCGAGCCGAGCUGGAGUUGUUACUGGCCGAUGAGAAGGCAGUGGAUGGGGGGGGGGUCAAGGGGUACAACAUAAGACGGAAGGGUAAAAAGGGCAAAAUACAAAUUGCGGAAGAGAAGAUACCAGAUGCGGAUCUCGAUGACCCGAGAUUUUCAGCCCUCUUCACUUCCUCUCUGUUUGCUUUAGACCCUACAGAUCCUCAGUUCAAAAGGAGUGCGGCUUAUGCUAGGCAACUCUCUCAGAAGCAGAAUGGUGACCAGAGAAGCUCAAAGCAGGCAACGGCUAAAUCAGAUGACACUGCAAAAUCAGGUGCCUUGGACUCUAAGAAAGAGAAACAUGAUUUGUCUUCAGCAAUCAGAUCGGUUAAGAUGAAAAUCCAGCAGAAAGACACAGAGAAAAAGCAAGGAAAGAAGCCGGAAUCAUCUGCAUUGGUUCAGCGGAUUAAGAAGAAAGCCAAAGCUAUGGCAAAAUGAGAGGGAGGAAGACAUGGUUUCUGUAAGCUGUAGCGAAUAAGGUUAAUAGAUUCUCAAUUCAUAUUGGGGAAGAAUGUCUCUGCCCGUAAUUGCCAAAGAGAUUUUUGUUAUGUCUCGUCUUUUUGGUCGAACACACUAUACAUAAUGAGCAUGUUUCGAUAUGCCAAUACCUUGUCGCUGUUUGUUUGCCAAUAGUUUCUCAAUUCAUAUGUACGUGUUUUCAGAAUGACGGUUUUGAAAGAUUUGAGAUGAGA